CUGGGAUUCUUUUAGCCCACAUGCAUUUUAGGAAGAAACAUGGACUGUUUCAAGGAACGUAUGACUAGACUUUUCUGUCUCUUGCUGACAGGGAGAAACAGCACUGAGAUGCGCUGAGCAGUGGUGCCACGUCAGUGAAGAUCCUUUCGGCACUUUCCAUCCAAGCCUUCUACUUGUUCUUUCCCAAGAAGGAACUUCAUCACGUGGAUUUCAUUGAAGUCAGGCUUUCCCUUAUACAUUUAUUCCAUGGUGAUUGCUGUAAUCACAGUGGCUCCAAAAAGUGCUAUGAAAAUGACGGAAAUCACCUUUGCUGCAGAGAAGAAUAACGGUGGGUGUGAUGAUUAGGGAGCUACUUUGCCUUCAGCACAAGUAGCACCAACUGAGAAAUGAAUCUUUUCCUGCCAUCUCCUGCUUAUGGUGUUCGGCAUCUUCAACUGGAACAAACUCACUUUGGACUGUUCAAAAAAUGUUAAGUUAGAUCACUCAAGAGGAUGGAGGAGACAUUCUCCUCAACCAUGUGGAUCGCCACAGUUACAAACAACAGCAGUCCACUCAGAAUCAACCCCAACAUUUCUGACAAUACUACCUGGGAUGUAUUGUCUACGACCAACUCCAUGGAAGACAUCAUUGCCACUUGCACCAUCGGGACUAUCCUCUCCAUUAUGUGCAUUAUUGGAGUGUCAGGCAAUGUCUAUACUUUGGUAGUGAUGUGCCACUAUCUGAGAUACUCAGUCUCUAUGUAUAUUUACAUCAUCAAUCUUGCCUUAGCAGACCUACUCUACCUUCUCACCAUCCCUUUCAUCGUUGGCACAUACUUCAUCCAGGAAUGGUACUUUGGGGAUGCCGGAUGCCGGAUCCUUUUCAGUUUAGAUUUCCUCACAAUGCAUGCUAGCAUCUUUACCUUGAUGGUGAUGAGCACAGAGAGAUACUUGGCAGUGCUGAAGCCCCUGGACACAGUGAAAAGAUCCAAGAGUUAUCGGAAAGCCAUUGCCAUUGCCAUCUGGCUUGUAUCUCUGCUUCUUACCCUUCCUAUGCUUAUCAUGAUCCAGCUGGUACAACUGGACAAGAACAUCUGCCUUCCAACAUGGAGUAAACUGUCCUACAAGAUCUAUAUCACCAUCCUCUUUUGCACUAGCAUUGUGGGUCCAGGGAUUGUUAUUGGGUAUCUUUAUAUUAGAUUGGCAAGAACUUACUGGGUGUCCCAAACAACCGUUUUGAAGCAGACCAAGCGACUCCCCAACCAGAAAGUACUAUAUUUAAUUUUCACAAUAGUGCUGGUUUUUUGGGCCUGCUUCUUACCUUUCUGGAUAUGGCAGCUCCUCUCCCAGUAUUAUGAACCCUUCCCAGUGUCUCAGAAGGCCACAAGGAACAUUAACUACCUGACCACCUGCCUGACUUAUAGCAACAGUUGCAUCAACCCUUUCCUCUACACUCUGCUGACCAAAAACUACAAAGAGUAUUUGAGGAAAAGGCAACUUUCCUUUAACAGCAGCAGUGGCUACUUCCAGAGGAGGAAUAGGUUCCAGAGGAUUUCUGGGAGAUCAUUGUCCACAAGCAGCCAGCACUACACAGAAACUUUUGUGCUUUCUCCCAUUCCAGGGGGAAGCAACUGUGCUUGAAAGAGAAAGCAUAUCUCCAAAUAUUGACCAUUGUCAAUGUAGCCUUGGCUAAGAAUAUAGUUUGGAAAGGCAACAUCUCAGAAGCACAGUGGCAUCAAGCAUAAAGGGGACAUCAAAACAUCAGCAUGUCCUUAUUUGGAGUACCAUCUCCCAAAGAUGAGUACCAUUGCUAUUUUUUCAUAGGACACAGUUUUUGUGAGCUCACACAAAGAUAUGUAAGAUAUACCUUUUUAAUUAUCCCAACUAUCGCAUGACGUAACAACUUAAGUUAUUGAACAAUCAUUUGUUGAGGCUGUUGUUUUUAAAAAUUGAAUUGUAAGACCAGGACACAAUUGUUCAAGGGAAUAAUUUAAAUCAAUAAAGGACUGAGAUUUGUGUUUGUGAUAA